AUGACUAGUUACGAAAAUGGUUUGGAUGCUGAACAAGAAGAUACAAAAUCCUUAUCUUCUGAACAUGAAGUAGACCCUGCUGGGGGAACACGUUUGGAAGAGACAAAUGAUGAAGAUGUACCAGAAGACAAUGUUGAAUGUGGCAUUAUUGAAGAAUGGACCGAACCUGAUAUUGCACAAUGGAGGAGCUUGCUUCAAUUUUUGGAUAUUGACAAAGAACCAGAACAUAUUCAGUUUUCGGACUUCGAAGGGAAGGAGUUUGUAAGUAUUGAACAAGCAGAAUCUUUUUAUUUUUUGUAUGCGAAAAUGAUGGGGUUUAGUGUUAGAAAAAAACUGAAGAGGGAGGACAAAAAAGAAGUUCAUGAUGGUUGGGAAAAUGUGGGAUGUAUCAAAGAUGACUUGUACAAGGGAAUCUGUAAAAAAUAUUCAACUUGGGAUGAUUGUGACACGUCCACAGCAAUGGGUUAUCUCGAAGCAAAAAAAGGGUCGGACAACAUGUUUUUCUACAAGUAUGAUGUAGUUAAAGAAAAUAGAUUGAAAAAUUUAUUCUGGUACGGAAAGUCAUUAGUAAUAUUACUUGGGUCUAAUAAUCAUGACAAAAUGUGUGUGUUUGGAGCUGCACUUCUUGAUAAUGAGACUUCGACCACAUAUGAUUGGGUAUUGGAAACAUUUUUAGAGUGCAUGGGUGGUAAGAUGCCGUCAGCAGCUUUGACGGACGGUUGCAAAGCAAUGAACAAAGCACUGGAUAAUAUUAUGCCUGGUGUUCCACAUCGUAUUUGCUCGUGGCACAUACUAAAAAAUGCAAUGCACCAUGUACACAAUAUAGCAUUCCAUCAAGAAUUGAAGAAAUUUAUUUUCAGGUAUUACAAGGAGGAAGAAUGGGAGGAUAAUUGGAAAGUGACUGUGAAGAAAUAUAGAUUGACAGGAAAUGCAUGGGUGGAAGCACAAUAUGGCACAAGAAAGCAGUGGGCAGAUACUUUUCUUCGUGGUAUUUAUUUUGGUGGAGCUACUGCUACCGGUAGAUGCGAAUCUAUGAAUGCAUUCUUGAAAAGAGAUUUUCAAAAUAAAAUACCAUUGUGGAUGUUUAUACGACACUUUGACCAUGCUUUAUCUAUGUUACGUUACAACGAGAUGAAAGAGCACUACAAAACUAAUUUGACUGAACCGGUUUUGAAUCAGACAACUAUGCCGUGUGUGGAGGAUGAAAUUUCUUCAAUUUUCACAAGGGAAAUUUUUACAAGGAUAAGAAAGGAGAUACGAUGUGGCGAUAAUUAUAUUGUCCUAAAGGAUGAUAAGAUACCAGGUUACACCACUACACCAAAUACCCAUUACCAUAACACAUGA